GUAAGCAAACACCCAUCUGUAAAAAAAUGCUCUAAGCGAUAUAUUUUGGGACCGGGUACAAGGAUACAUUAUGCUUCUGGAACCAAUUGCUAACACAAUUACCUCUGUAGAAGGUGACACACCAACGAUUUCAAAAUGUCUGCAUUUAUUUAAAAAAAUGGUUAACACCUCAUUAGAAAAUGUCACUAAAAGUCCAUUGUUAUCCAAAGAGGAAGCAGAUACAAGGGCAAUUUUUGAAAAUCGGAAGAAGUUUGCUAUUUAUAGUGUUCAUUUUGUAGCUAACCUUUUGGAUCCAAAAUAUCGUGGCUGCGAACUUAGCUCAGAUGAGAUGACUGAUGCGACAGAAGUCAUAUACAAGGUAGCACAGAAGAUGCCAGAUGUCGAUGAAGCAGCCGUCUUAGCUGACGUUGUCAAUUUUAUUGCAAAAGAAGGACUAUUCAAAAAGGCUUUUCUAUGGAAUGAGGACACAAUUGCAGCUAUCCUAGCUUCACAGUCAAUCCUGCAUUAGAAUCUGAACCGGAACCAAUGAUAAUAUCCAAUUCAGAUCAGUCGGAGUCUGUCUUUGAAAGUGAUGAAGAGGAAGCUUCAGAGUCUGAAGAAAAUGCAGAUAGCGACGGGACGGAUCAGUGUUCAUUUAAGGGAUUCGGUUAAUUAAUUGAACCUUUUCAAUCAUUAAGACGUUGUUUUUUUAUUUGAUAAAUUUUUAUUACUUA